ACGCAACAACAAAAUAAACCAUCACUCGCAUCUUUUCUAGGGUUAGGGUUUAUCAUCGAUCCAGAACCCAAAUCAACAACCAACACACCUUCAAUCUCUCCAUUUCACCGGAAAACAUGGCGGCAGUCAACGGUACGACAUCAGUGGAACCAGAAAACCAACAAUCAGAACAGGCCGGAAGAGGAGUGGUGAAGCGGAAGCCGGUGUUUGUGAAAGUAGGUGACCUGAAACCUGGAACCAACGGCCACACUCUCGCCGUGAAGGUGCUGUCGUCGACGACGGUUUUGGAUAAGAAACCUCGCAGUACGUCGUCGUUUAGUGGCCGUUCUGGUGGUGCUAACACUCGUAUUGCUGAGUGUCUUAUUGGUGAUGAAACUGGCACUAUUUUGUUUACUGCUCGUAACGAUCAAGUUGAUUUGAUGAAGGCUGGAAAUACUGUGAUCAUCAGAAAUGCAAAGAUUGACAUGUUCAAGGGGUCAAUGAGGCUAGCUGUUGACAAGUGGGGACGCAUUGAAGUCACCGAACCUGCAAGUUUCACCGUUAAGGAAGAUAACAAUCUGUCUCUGGUCGAGUACGAGCUGGUGAAUGUCGCUGAAUGAUCUGGAUGUUUGUUUGUUCACCUGGCUCGUGUGAGAGGUAUAACUUUUUGUGACUUGUGGGGUUUUGGUAUACAACAACUAGACGGGCCGGUUUAGUCUUUCUUGUUGAUAUCAUUUUAACAUGUUAUAGAACUAAGUCUAAUGGCCUGCUAGGUGGUGGUUAUUUUGUCAAAAGAUUAUCUUUUGAAUUAUUUUGAUUCCCCGCUGUCUUUGGGUGCGCGUAUAUGUUGGUUUUUAUCAGAUGUUUAAGAUCGUGUUAUUAUAAGUAGUGUUGGUAUGUUUUACUUGA